UGCACUUGACACAUACUGUACAUUUCAUCGCAACAAUGGCAAUAGCACGCGUUGCUACCGAAUAUGUGUUUUCUGAUUUUUUGUUGAAAGAGCCGAGCGAUUCUAAGUAUAAAGGCGUGCGGCUGGAACUGGCAACAGACAAACUGGUCUGUUUUAUCGCGGUUGGGCUUCCUUUGUUAUUCAUCUCACUCGCCUUUGCACAAGAAGUCUCUGUGGGUUCUCAGAUCACAUGUUUUCCCCCAACUAAUUUCACACUGAGGCAGGCUGCAUAUGUGGACUCCUUCUGCUGGGCUGCAAUAGAGCAUCACCCUACAGAAAAUGGGGCAGAUAGCACCCCUCUUUAUCUACACAAGUUCUUUCCUUAUAUCCUUCUGCUGGUUGCCAUCCUCAUGUAUAUUCCUGCUCUCUUCUGGCGCUUCACGGCUGCCCCUUCCCUAUCCUCUGACCUCAGUUUUAUCAUGGAGGAACUCGACCGUUGCUACAACCGUGCAAUCCGCCUCGCCAAGAGCCUCACAUCCAAACAAGACAAGGACAUUGCAGAAGACCCACACAGUGGUCUUGAAAUGACUGAAGCUUGUUUUAAGUACCCUCUUGUAGAGCAGUAUUUAAAGACAAAGCGUUCAUCGUGGGCUUUGGCUGCAAAGUAUCUGCUUUGUCGGGUUUUAACAUUCCUCACUUUACUGCUGGCCUGCUUUUAUCUGACCUACUACAUCUUUUGGGUUUCACCUAGUGAUCAAUUCUCCUGUAACCUGCGCAGAGGUAUAUUAGUAAAUGAGAGUGCGGUGCCAGAUGCAGUUCAAUGUAAGCUGGUGGCAGUGGGUGUUUUCCGCCUGCUAAGUUGCAUGAAUCUGGUGGUGUAUUUACUUUUAGUACCAGCCGUGGUUUACACUGCCUUCCAACCUGCACGCCAGCACCAGCGUGCUCAGUUCCUCCGUCCAUACCACCUACUGCCUGCGUUCGGUCACGUGCUGGAUUUGCAGCCUACCACUCGCCGUUAUGAUGACCUCAGCAUCUACCUGCUGUUCUUGGAGGAAAACCUGAGUGAGCUUAAGAGCUACAAAUGUUUACAGGUGUUGGAGCUGCUGUCAGAGGGAGGGGAAGCAGCAUUUGACACCAUGUGUCUCCUCAGGACACUAGGACAAGUGAGGACUGACAUGGUGGACAGAAAACAAGCUCAAACUGUAAAGGGUAAUGCAGAGAAAGAAAUCGCUGAAAUAAAGGAUGCCACUUCUGUUCUGCUGGAUGAUGGAGUACAGAUGGAAAAAAGUUGCAGCUGUGUGAAAGACGUAAGACACAGGGUGGUCUAACAUAUAACAAAGUCAAAUCAAAUGAGUUUACAUGUAUUUUGAAUAUAAAGGAAAUGUAAGAUUACAUAAUGCUUGAAUAUAACACUUUACUAAUUCACUAACUGCAGAACUGAGCUUUUUAUGCCUUUAUAUUUUUAAAUAACUUUAAGUUAUUCAUGAGGUUGAUGAAUGUUAAGUCCCUAUUGUAUGCAUUAUGAAAACAAUGAUACAAAAUAUGCUCUGGGGCGACCUUUGUGGGUACAGUGAUGUUGCAACAAUGAAUCUAAAUAAUAAUUAAUAUGCUAAUGUUAGAAUACUAACAACUAACUUCUGCCAAUGUUGCUUCUUGGUAACAAACCAUUUAAGCAAUUCCUCUUAACAUAAUAAUAAUUUCAAUAAUUAUAGAAUGAUUGCAUGGUGAGUAAUGUGAACAAAAAGUCAUCAAAAUUUUCUCUUCAUUAUAAACCAUCCAUUGCUAAUCUUAUAUGGAUCAUGUACUCACAAAAUGAAGAAAUUUGGUGCAGAAAAGAUGGUGUUUCCCUGAGGCAACAUCAUAGUUAAGAUAGAAAGGAUGUGUUCAUUGUAAUCUAAAUGAUUGGAAAUUAUUUUUUGUGUGCAAACCAAGAUUAAUUAGGCUCUAUUUCUAGAGGUAGUGAUGCACUGCCUAUGCAAAAGCAAUAAUCAAAUAUACAAACUAUUAUGUAUGAUAUGUAUAAUUAUAUUUCACUGUUUUUAUGUUAAAUAUUUUGCAGUUUUAUAUUUAUUUGAUACAGACAGUAUUGUGUCAGAGAUUAUUAUUUUGUAGCUCUAAUUGUAAUGUUUUUGUUUUAUGUUUUCUAACCUUAAAGGGGGUCAUCGGGUGCCCAUUAUUAUAUGGAUGCCCAUAAGUUUAUAUGAUUUUUUUAGAGUCUUAAUUAAAAGUCUAUAACAUUCUUUGGCUAAAAUUUCUCAAAAGUAGUGUAGAAAACACCAUUUUUACCCGGUCAAAAUCAGCUCUGUUUUCAGCACGCAGUUCUAGUCCAUGUUGCUUUAAAUGCUAAUGAGCUCUGCUGACCCCGCCCCUCUCUUCUGUGAAAAACCGUUAUACUCACUUCUUCUGUAGAUGAAGCUGGAUCACGAAUGAUUCACCUGGACAUAAAUGCAGAUAGGCAGAUCGGGGAUCGGUGCAUCUCUUUCAAAAUGAAAGUAAUGUUAAUCCUCUGGGUCUUCAGCGGCUCAGAUGUCGGGAGUAUGAGGACUGUUAUGUACAUUAUUACAUCCAACAACACAACAUCUCAAUCGCUUAAUCUGAGACAUUCUUGUCUUCCCCUGCACCUGAGUCGACACAUGGACAGCUCUCCACUCACUCAGGGCUGGUCUUGAGGUAAUAUGGACCUGUCAAUCAACUAUUGUGGGAGGGGCCAGUGCAGAACUACCUCAUUCUUUUUAUCAUUAUAGGGUGGAUCUGUGAACACACUUCCAACACACAGACAACAACAAAAGUGAAUUUUGCAUCCGAUGACCUCUUUAAAUCCUUCAGAGAUGUUAAACUGCAUGUCUUUAGAGGUGAUCUCUUUAAACAUGGUGCUUGUAACCCUAAUAAAAGAUUUUAAUGGACUCCAUUCAGGGAUGUACAAUACAGGCUUGUAAUGUAAUAAAACCACUACAUUUCCCCCAUGCAUCUGUAUUUUUCUCUGUUUUUAUGGAUUUAUAUACUAUAUAUGCCAAAAGUCAUGAAGUUAAGCACUUCUGAUAUACAGCACUGUGCCAA